CAAAUUCAGAAUGCCUAUAACGAGUAAAUUUGCAUUAUAUAUAAUUAGGUGAAAUCUAUCAGGAGUUACUUGACUUUGAGGAAAGAUACCACAAAGGAUCUGAGAAGUACGAUGUUAUAUAAAAAUUAAUUGAUUUGUAUGCUUUGUUGAUUGAACAUUAUGACAGUAUUUAGGUAAGAUUGAGUGAGUGAUUGUAGGAUCCAGUGGGGUAUUAUUUUAAUGAGAAACUUUAAUCAUUGUUUGCCUGUCAAAGAGCCCUGAAGAGCAUUCGUAAGACAAACUAAGAUUAGCCUCCAUCAAUGCCUACUCAUACACAAAGUCUAAUUAUACAAGAGACUAACAUCAAUUAAAACAGCCAAGAAAGUGCAAAGGCAAAGGUAUUGAGAUGAUCUUAUAAUAAGUAAACAAUAUGUGUGGAACAAAAAAAGAAGGAACGUUAAACUAAGGCAAAGAUUGCCAUGGAAAUAUAAGAUAAGAUUGAGGGCAGUUAAAACGAUUUGUAGCAUCUAAUAAGUGGAUAUCAAAAGGCUUCAGAUUAAACAUAAAAGGUGAUUGAGGAUGAUCUUAAGCGAUAAGAUGAGCUAUUUCUGUAGAGGAGACUUAAAAGAGAGAGUAUAAUUCCAUAUUCAUAAAAGAAACAAAUUUAAUGAGAAAAUCAAGUAGAAUGUGUUCGACCAAAUGUAGUACUGAAAGAUUGGACCUGUUUGAGAGUUGUAUAGAAUUUUCAAGUGGAGGAGUUGAUUAGAUUUAGGAGAUUAAUAAUGCUCGAUUGAUGUUGCUUCUUAAAGAAUAAUCUGGUAAAAUCAGUUCGGAGAAGACUAACCCAAUUGCACCAGAAUAGGUAGAAGAGGUGUAGCCAUUUGAAGAGAUUUAAAUAGAGGAAAUGGAUGAAACUGAGACUAUAAUUCCACCAAGGAGAUAGAUAAGAGAGUCAUCAUCUGAAGAUGUUACUGAUUCUCCACCUCAACCAAGACGAAAAGUUUAAUAAUUUGGAAUGAUGGAUAAUAAUGGUGAUAUGCUGUUAAUCGAAGAUGAAUAGAACUUAAUAAGUGACUUAAAUAUUGAGUUAAAUUGAAUUAGUCAGGCU